AUGAUCAACUUAGGCUUUGGUAAAAAUAAGGCCCCGAAAAUCUGUUGUCUGCUCGUGACUAGCCGCCGUGCUUUCUUCGACCAGUACGAAGACGAGAAUCAUGCUUAUGGGAAUGACGAGGUAGAGACGAUAGACGAGAGGGCCGAAGUUGCGGAGGCGAACCAGGAGAGGAGAGAGAGGAGGACCGAGGGGGUGAUGGUGAGGGCGGUGCAGAGAGGUGCACGGGAGAGGAGAGAGAGGAGGACCGAGGGGAUGAUGGUGAGGGCGGUGCAGAGAGGUGCACAAGAGGGGAGAGAGAGGAGGACCGAGGGGAUGAUGGUGAGGGCGGUGCAGAGAGGUGCACAAGAGGGGAGAGAGAGGAGGACCGAGGGGAUGAUGGUGAGGGCGGUGCAGAGAGGUGCUCAGGAGACAACGGAGGAGGCAACCGCGGGUGAGGGAGUGGCGAGAGAAGAGGUUGAAGUUCGAUUGCCAAGGCUGAAGCGGAAGGCGGACGAAUCGAGAGGGAGCAAAGAGGCAGGGACGAAGGAGAAGGAGGAUGCGGAAGAUAAUCGGAUGGCGGACGAGGAGGCGACGAGGAAGGCGGCCAAGGCGAAGAGGAUGGCGGACAAGGCGAGGAGGGUGGCGGACGAAGAGGCGCAGAAGAAGGGGGACGAGGAGGCGAAGAGUAUAGCGGAUGAAGAGGUGCAGAGGACGCCGGACCAGGAGUCGCAGAUAAAUGCGGACGAAGAGGCAAGGAGGCAUGUGGAAGUAGACGAGCAGAGGACGAUGGACCGAGAGGCGAAGAGGCAUGCGGAUGAGGAGGCGAUGAAAAAUGCAGAAGAAGAGGUGCAAAGGAGGGCGGAUAAAGAUGCGCAGAAGAAGGCGGACGAGGCGUCGAAGAAGAAGGUGGAUGAAGAGGAGCAGCAGAAGGCUCACGAGGACGCCCAGAGGAAGGCAUACGAGGAGGGGAGGACGAAGGCGGACAAGGAGGCACAGAAGAAGGCGGAGAAGGAGGACGAUGAUGACUAUGUGGUCGAACCGUGA